AGGUAGUGCCCUGGUGAUAGGCAGCAUACCAGGGCUCCUGAUGGCCGGCUGGUUGAUAGGCAAAAUAGGGAGGCGCUGCUCCCUGGUUGUGGCGGUGGUGCCAGGCAUGCUGGGUUGGCUAACCAUUGCUCUGGCGCCCGACCCAACUUUGUUGAUUGUUGGCAGGUUCCUGGAUGGCAUCACUGCCGGCAUGGUGAGUCUGGCCGUGAUCACCUACGCUACAGAAAUACCGGACACGAGACACCGAGGAUCAUUUGGCACCAUCGUCUGUUUAAUGUUCCUGUUUGGUGCCGGUGUGUGCGUCUGUUUGGGAAUCUCCUUAACAUGGUAUCAAGUGGCCUUCGUAAACGUUGGUGUUCUACUGGUAUAUAUGAUCGCUAUUGUCCCCUGCUUACCCGAGAGCCCAACCUUCCUGGCCGUCACUAACCAAACCAAAGAAGCUCGCGACGUUCUCUUGCGACUGAGGGGUGCCGACGCUGACGUUGACGGAGAAAUACAACUCCUUAAAAAUUUAAACCAGAUAAACGGUGGAUCCUCGAGGUGGGGCGCUCUUCUAAACUGCGAAAACAUGAAACGAAUAUUGCUAAUGUCUGUUCUCUUCUUCAUACAAAACUUCUCCGGGACGUCAGCAGUGAGAGUCAACGCUACGAGAAUACUAGAAACUUCUGGGGUGGAGCUGGACAAAGACACCAGUACCAUCUUGCUCUUUACAGUUCCAAUAUUCGGCGCCUUUGUUUUAACCUUACUGGUGGAUCGUCUUGGUCGCCGAGUGUGUCUGGUGGCGUCUUUGAUACCCAUGAUGCUCGCCUACUGCGUCCUGGGCUUCUACAUCAAAUUCAGUCAUCAUUCUAUCAAUUUCGCCACCCUGGAUCCUCUCGACAUCAACCUCACCAACUACACUCAAGACACCCAGCUGACUAACAGCUUAGAUAACAAGUGGUCAAUGGUCCCUCUUGCCUGUCUGGUCGUCUCUAUCUUCGCCAUGAAUAUUGGGAUCGAGUCACUUCCGUAUCACCUGGCCUCUGAAUUAUUCCCUACCACCAUAAGAUCUCAGGCAAUGUGUGUGUGCACCGUGAUAGGCAGUGUGACCUCCUCCGCGGCCCUACAGCUGUAUAGUCCCAUGCAGAACCUCCUUGGUCCCGCCGGCCUCUACUGGACCUACGGAGCAGUGUCCGCCCUGGGUGUUCCGUUCACUUUGCUAUUUGUCCCAGAGACCGCCCGUCAGGCUGUUGGCUAGAGAGGGUGUUGCCCUCAACCUUCUCAGUCCUCUAUAAGAGAAAUUAUUCUUAUCGAACAAGGAAACAUAUGAUUAGUUUUGAUUCACUGUCAAUCAAAAAUAAAUAAAAAAUGGCGGCAGACAGUAUGCUCGUCUGUUCUCGAAUGGCCGCCGUUUACGUAAUAACUAUCUAAUGUUUUCUUUGCGUAAUAAAAUAAAAAUUAACUGUACAACUUAUACGAAUAUUGCCAUCAUAUUACUAUACGUCCAUGUUCAUUAUUCAAGUGUAAUAACAACUUGGAUUGCAUUACCUUUCCUUAUCCGGACAUAUAAUUCUAGUACUUCCUUCCCCAUGGGCCUAUUAUAUAACCUGGGUCUAUGAUUCAAGUUCUUUUUUUGAGAACCAUGAAGGAAGCUUUAAAUCGUUGAGUUAUAAUCUUCAUAAUUUGUACUUAAAUCAAUACAUUCUCAACUAUUAUCCAUAAACAAAGUGACAGACGUGUACUACCUUACUUAAGCUAUAUACUGUAGUCUAAGGAAGAGUUUACUUACUGGAGCGACUGAAGGAAGACCAGUGGUGACCUCACCUGACAGUGAACCGGGCACUUCCCUAUUCACAAAACCACUAUUAAUCAUGGCGACCGCUAAAUAACCCCGGUAAAUUUUAAAUGGGUUUAACAAAAUACGUAUCUAAUUUACAAACAAAAGAAACAAUGAUUUACACGUAUAAACUAUCUGAUCACGUGAACUCCCCCUCAUUUAUUUCAUAUUUACACUGUCAAAUAUCUUAUAUCUGAAUCUAGACUAUAAACGAUAUUUUUUUGCUGUAUAUCUAAAAAAAAAUGCUAAUUUUCACGACAAAUUCCCCUCUCAUCUCAGUAUUUACGAACACCGCCUCCCUCCUCUCUACAACUAACUCUCUUAUCACAAAGCUAGUCCAACUAAGACCCGUAUGAGUGUAUAAUGGAUAACGUGAGCCUUUCUCUCUGUUUCCCUUAGUCUUCAUUCUCUUGUGACAAUCCUUCCUCUACUGUAAAGAACACAACAUUCAUCCCUUUGACGUGAUAAGAUGCUGUAGAGUUCAUACUUUAUAAAGCUUCCUACAAGCAUAUCAUUCAUCAAAUCAUUCCAGAGUGCUGAGUAACACAACAGCAAAGUAAUCUGGUUUAAUGUGUCUAGUUCUAACUCCAAUAGCCGUUCAUCCAGUCAUCCCUCAGCCCACCAGAUGGUUUAGAAAUAGAUGUAAACAGGCAAAAGGGUUCAGGUGAGGCUAAGGUUCCCCCAGGUGUGUUCAUCCAUUAAUCAGGUUCCCAAGAAUUGUCAUAAAUCUAACCCUUCAAAUGAUCCCCCCAAUUUUCCUCACCUCAUCAAAGGAAAAGAUUUGAUGGCAGAAAUUAAUAGUAACUUUUGAAACACCUUGACAAUAAUAUUUCACUCAGUAGUUAACCUUCUACCAUGCCUCGCCUACUCAAUCCAUAAAUUAAUAGACUGUAAUGACCAAACUCAAGGAAAAGCAUAUGGUGAAAUCCUAACCUAACCUAACCUCACCGAACUUGUAAAUAGUACUAUCCAACUAUCCACAGAAAAACCGAAUCUCUUAUCAAUCUAUUUUAGGAGGUAGGUACAGACACUCAGCCACGGCAUUCACUUAACUCUUCCCAAAAACAGCUAUUGUACUUUUUUUCGGAGCUUGUGUACGAUAUUAACGACCUUAGCGCACACGACGGAGACUUGGUUCAAAUAAGUACGGUAUAGGUGCAGUCCCCUUCACUAAUGUGUUUACAGGGGUCGUCAGCUUUAGUACAGUGUGGCAGAGCUGUGUUUGUUUACAUUCAACAGAAGGUAAACUAGUAAUACUAAACAUACUAUGGAAUCAAAUUAAAACCAAUAUUAAAACAAAUAUCUCAAAGAUAAUGAUUUGGGAAAUGUUUAUAUGAGGAACCCCUGUAAACGCUCUAGUGAAGGGGACUGGACAAUGUUACGUGGCGUUCAACACAGACCCAACCCCAACCCCGCACUCAAUUGAACCUCUUGUACAAUUACUACACCUACCGACUACAUUAGACCAGGACGAAGCUCUACAACACCAGCCUUUUAUUAUAAAUAUGUAACUGUCUUGCUUAUUAAUUGUUGUUAUAAUAUGUGAUAAUUUAAUGUGGAAAAUAUUAAAAAGUCUGUUAUAAUAUUCUCAUAUAUCAUUUGUAUAAUAUAUCCCAGUACCAUAAUCUGUCAAUCGUCUUCUGCUUCUCUGAGAUUUAUUAAUUAAAUUAUGUAAUCAACUAAAGGUGAAAAAGGUAUUAAGAAAUUCACGUUAGUAAUGAAUAGGUAAGUGGACCAUAGACCUAUUGAAUCUAACCUAACCUAACCUAACCUAACCUAACCUAACCUAACCCUCCUCCCCCUCAGGCAGCGUUAGGGUUUUUAAUCAAGUGAAAUAAGCUCAGGUGCCUAAUCUUCAGGUGACCCUACUCGUCUUUGCCACCUAACAACUUUCUCAAUGGACAGUCACUCGAACCAAGGUGUAUUUGGGCAAUUAAUUAUAACCUUUAUCAUUCUAAGGGCGUUAGAAUGCCCUAUAAAAGGAUAUUAUGACUGCAUGAUUAUAUAUGAGCAUAAACCGUCACUUUACCAAACAUGCGAUAGGUUGCUUGCCAAUUUUAGCAGAGUAACCUAUUGUUCAUUUUUUAUCUAACAACCAUUAACUUGAGCUGAGGGUAGGCUGCAAUUCACUAUCUAUGAUAAGAGCAGUAUCAUUUGCAUAGUAUAUAUAUAUAUAUGAUAUCACUUUACCUUUAACUUUUAGUCCUUCAUUAUCACUUAUAAUUUCUCUCAUUAAGAAUUCUGAAUGUAUAUUAUACAAUGUUGGAGACAGAACACACUCUUGUCUUGCUCCCAGUCUAUCUGUGAACCAAUUAUUAAAUUCAUUAUUUACUAACACUGCAGCCUCCUGUUGCCAUUAAAGAUUCUUUAAAAUUUUAAUAUCUCCCUCAUUGAUGGCUAUUUUUCCCAGAUCUGUACAAGUUUAUUGUGCUUUACCUUAUCAAAACCUUUGGAAUAUCAAUAAAGCAGAUAUAUAAAUUUCUUUGGACCUCUAAUGCCCUUUCACUCACAAUUAUCAAAUCAAAUAAGCUUAUCUAUACUCUGUAGUUCCCUUUUCACUUUUAAAAUCCAUUUUGCUCUUCAGAUAACUCAACUUCUAUUCUAAAUCUUAUUCUACUUAAAAUAAAUUUAAUACAACUUUGCAGGCAUUACUUAUUAUCUUAUUAUUUCUUUAAAAUGUAAUUUGUCAUCCACUUUUAGCCUCGUUCCUCCUACAGUAUGUUCCUAGUCUCUAACAUUAAUUCUUUGUAAUUAUUAAAUUGUUAUCCUGGUCCUUGUUCAUCAAAGUCACCCUUUAGCAAUACUGAAAAUCUAUUUUGGGUUAAAUUUCAUAUUCUAUAUCUGCCCUAGUUUGAGUUUACCUAUAUCCCAUUAGAUUUUAUCCUUUGUUUUUUCUUUUAUUUAUUUUUUUUAAUUUUAGCCUCAGUAAACUCAUUACUUGGACGUGAUCUGACCCAUGCAUAAUCUGCCCCUGGAUAGGUUCUUUAGUUCGGGUUAUUGAAUUUCUAAAUCUUUCCUGAAUUAAAAUAUAAUCUAUUU